UCAAGUUUGUUAUUGUUUGCCCCCCUCACUGCAUUGUGCGCCAUUCAUCAAGUUUGGACAGGAGUCGGAGGACCGCGUCUUCUAAAUGGACAACGAGCGCGUUAAGAGACGAACAUCGCGCGUAAAAUGUACCCUCGUUUAUGUUUUUGUCCUCAUUGUUUGCUUUUUGGAGCGGGCCGGCGCACAGAUCCGCUACUCCCUCCCAGAAGAGCUGGAACAUGGCGCCUUUGUGGGGAACAUAGCCGAGGACUUGGGUUUGGAUUUGGAUAAGCUGUCGGCGCGCAGGUUCCGCAUCGUGUCCGGCACCAGGAGGCAGUACGUGGAGGUCAAUUUGGAAAAUGGAGUGUUGUUCGUCAACGAGAGGAUCGAUCGCGAGGAACUAUGCGAGCAGAGUUCGGGCUGUUCGUUCCACUUGCAGGUGGUCAUCGAGAACCCCUUGGAGCUGUACAGAGUGGAGGUGGACAUCGUGGACGUGAAUGACAACUCUCCGAGCUUCCCGUGGACCGAGUUUAAUUUGGACGUUUCGGAAUCGGCUUCGCCGGGGUCCCGCUUCCCGCUGGAGAGCGCGCAGGAUUUGGACGUGGGUUCCAAUGCGCUGCGCACCUAUUUGCUGAGCGUCAAUGAGCAUUUCACUCUGGACAUCCAGACGCGAAGUGACGGCAGCAAAUUCGCCGAACUGGUCCUGCAGAGUCCUUUGGACCGGGAGCAGCAGAGCGCGCACCAGAUGGUCCUGACCGCCGUGGACGGGGGCUCCCCGGAGAAGUCCGGCACGGCGCAAAUCGACGUCACCGUCUUGGACGCGAACGACAACGCGCCCGUGUUCGACCAGUCCUUCUACCGGGUGAGACUGGCCGAAAACGCCCCCAAGGGCGCAGUCGUCAUCAAACUGAACGCGUCCGACGUGGACGAGGGCACCAACGCCGACAUCACCUACUCCUUCAGCGGACACGCGCCCGUCAAAGUGCGCCAGCUUUUCAGCGUGGACGCGCGCACGGGGGACAUCAAAGUGAAGGGAGUGAUUGAUUAUGAAAAAGCCAGGAUGCAUGAGAUCUACAUCCAGGCCAAGGACAAAGGUCCUUCCGCUGUCGCGGUGCACUGCAAGGUGCUGGUGAACGUCUUGGAUCGGAACGACAACCUGCCAGAGGUCAUCCUGACGUCGGUGUCUACACCUGUGCACGAGGACGCGCCCCCCGGCACCGUCAUCGCCGUCAUCAGCGUCACGGACAAGGACUCCGGGGAAAACGGUAACGUGGAUUGUGAAAUCCCAAAUCUGGUCCCGUUCCAGCUGCACUCCUCUUUUAAAAACUACUACACGCUGGUGACCAGUGAUUUUCUGGACAGGGAGACAGUGACAGAGUACAACAUCACACUCACUGCCAGAGACAUGGGCUUUCCGCCUUUAUUUACGAGAAAAAACAUUCUGGUGCAGGUGUCAGACGUGAAUGAUAACGCACCGUUAUUCAAGCAGCCUUCCUACACGGUCUAUUUAACUGAGAACAAUGCACCCGGGGCGUCUAUUUGCUCGGUCAUAGCCCAGGACCCAGAUUCCGGCCAAAAUGCAUACCUGUCUUAUUCCAUACUAGACGACGCCAUUCAAGGAAUGCCCGUCUCCACGUAUGUGUCCAUCAAUUCCGACAACGGGAACAUCUACGCGCUCCGAUCGUUCGACCACGAACAGCUAAAAAACUUUCAAAUCACAGUCCGAGCUCAAGAUGCAGGAUUCCCGCCUUUAAACAGCAACGUUUCGGUGACUAUAUUCAUUUUGGAUCAAAACGACAAUGCACCUGUCAUCGUGUCGCCCCGCCCUCAAAAUGGCACACCUCCGCUCGAGGCGGUGCCGAGGUCCGCGGACGCCGGCUACUUGAUCAGCAGAAUAAGCGCAGUGGAUGCAGACGGAGGUCAGAACUCGAGACUUAUGUACCAAUUACUCCAAGCGACCGACCCCAGCUUGUUCAGCGUGGCGUUGUACACGGGGGAAAUCAGGACAAUACGGCAGUUGGUAGAGAAAGACCCCACAAGGCACAGAUUGGUCAUACUGGUGAAGGACAACGGCCAACCGCCGCUCUCGGCCACAGUUUCCAUCAUCCUGUCAGUGGUUGACAGCCUGCCAGAAUCCCAGCCCGAUUCCAGCGACCUGUCACUGAGCCCCCAUCACAGCUCCAACUUUAGCCUCUACUUAAUCGUGUCUCUGGGCGCCAUCUCCUUCACGUUCCUCGUGGCUAUCAUCGCCCUCGUUACAGUGAGAAGGCUGAAGGACAGAGCGUCCAACAUAGAUUCUGACUUCCCCUCCGCCGACGCGUGCUGCUGUUGCUGCACUCGCUCGGCGUCGGCCAGCAGCGCAGACAUCUUCAAAAAGACAAAUUUGAACCUCAGGAUGAGCGCAGACGCCCCCGGCUGCACGGAGACGAACGGCGGCGGAGCGCAGCAGCAAGCGUACUGCUAUAAAAUGUGUCUGACGCCAGAGUCGUCCAAAAGUGACUUUAUGUUCCUCAAGCCCUGCAGCCCGGUGUUGACGGUGCGGCAAAAUAACGCCAAGAGCACGGACUAUCUGGCUUCUGGCUGGAGUGCGCUAGACCGGAAUGAGCUGACCAACAAUAGAUCGUCAACCCCGAAAGAGCUUAAAUAUUCCAGCAAGGACUGGACCUCCGCCAAAAAUCAACGCAAUUCAGCAUACAAGAGGUACAGUUCAGGAAAUAUGGAGGGAACACUGUCACGUCCACAACAAUACGACGCCGAUGCCUACUUCUGCUCUGUGGCACCACAAUACUGGACCUGGGGAAACCGUAUGAGUGAGUGCAAGAUGUCUCUUCGAGAAGAAACAAAUCCGGACUUUGUGUGGACUCCAGAGUACACCCAGUCUCAGUCUGAGGCGCCUGCAGACUACCAGCACAACGUGUAUAUUCCCGGCGCCACAUCUGGUUACAGCACACUGAAGCUUGCGCCGAGAGGUGACUUGGAUGUCUACAACACCUUUUCUACUUUUGGGAAGAAAAAGAAAUUCAUCUCGAACUAUGAACAGUCUUUCGACAACGACGAUGGGCUCAUCAGCAAUGCUAUUUUCAAAUGAGGCACCAAACCAUUCUGGUGCAUGAUGUGCAGCAUUUAUAAUUAAAGUCUCCUUUCGCCGUCAAAUGUUUUGAAAUUACGCUAAUUAUGGGUUUGUGUUGCGGGUGUAAAGUUACACCAUAAUCACGGUUCAGUACGUCCCUCGGUUUUAAGGUCACAGUUUGGUUCACAACAUAACACCCAGAAAAAAAUGAAGAAUGUUUGGGGGUCACGUUGAUACAUUUUGUACAUUAAAGAUGGGAAAACUAUUCCAAUGUACAUCAAUAUAUGCUAAGCUAUUUAAACAAAACAUCUUACACAAAACAUAUUUGUGUUGUUGGUAACAAAGCAAAUUAGAGUAAACUCUAAUCUUUAAGGGGAACUAUGAUGAAUUUUUUUUCUGACUCAUAAAUUUUGUCAGAAUGUUGGACACUGUUAACAGCGUCACAUCAUAAGGGUCAUGCAUUUGUGUGUGCAGCUUGCGCACAUUUUUGCAUACCUCUGAAUGCCAUGUUUUGCAAUAUUUUUUUAACAGUGGCUACAGUAUGAGACUAUAAAAAUGGGACCCAUUACCUCCCUGCUUGGCACUCAGCAUCAAGGGUUGGAAUUGGGUGUUAAAUCACCAAAAUGAUUCCCGGGCGCGGCCACCACUGCUGCUCACUGCUCCCCUCACCUCCCAGGGGGUGAUCAAGGGUGAUGGGUCAAAUGCAGAGGAUCAUUUCACCACACCUAGUGUGUGUGUGACUAUCAGUGGUACUUUAACUUUUAAAUUUAACAUCACAGUGAAGUGGAUGCACUUAUAUGGACAUUAAGUAAAAGCAUGCAGAGAAACAAAGCAGUUUUUUUAAUGCAGCUUUACCCAUCUGAUGGUGGGCAGGUGUAACUAAUGUUGCGACCGGGUGAAUCUAUAUAAUACGUUUAUUUUUGAUUAUGUCUGACAAAAAAUAAUAGCGGGGACGUUUUUUACAUUCUGAUUGUUUUGGAGGGGAUUUCAAUCGCAAUCUAAAGAGAACACCUUCAGACAUUUUCAUAGGUUAUAAAUGUGACUGUGGAGCAAAAAUUUACUUAAAGUUUACACCAAAGCAUAUCCAGUAAAGAUUAUCCAGAUCACAAGGGAGUAUUUUAAAUGUAAAUUAAAAUCCUAGGUCGCUUUAUCUUUAAUAACAGAUUUUAUUUCCAGUAUAAAUCUCGGGACAAUAGAAAUCAACCUGUGGGUACUACGUAAACACUCCUGGUUUACAGCAUUCUUCUUAAGAAAGUAAGAGUUGAAUACCUCCUAAAUAUGAUUUUAUUUGUAGUAAAUACAAAGUCUGUUGUUGGCUGAAGUGCAGCAUUAAUAGUUCCAGCUUGUAACCCGGUUCUCCAUCUCCGCUGAACAAUGUCAAAACACUGUUUUCCUCUUAUCUACUUGUAUUCAUCUGUUUAUGUCUUCCAUCCGGAGGCAAAGUCUAAAAACACAGCAUAUUUGAACUCAUUAAGAUUUCAAGUUGCAUUUUCACUGUUACUUUUCACGUCACAAUGAAAUAAUAUAAUUUAGAAUAAUGGACUUCAGCAGUUUGUGAUGGUCCUCUUGUCGUCUUUAGGUUUGUCAAAAAUGCUUAAUUAGAAGCAAUUGUUAAAAGAUACAUGAUAGGGCUGCACGAUUAAUCAACAUCAAACUGACAUUGUGGUUGUAAUUAGUACGAUCAACAAACCGCAAGAUGUCACCGACAUUUGAGUGACACACAUGCUCGCCAAUCAGAAUUGUUGAACCUUUAUUCCUUUGCCUUCUAGCUAGUAGCUAGAAGGCUUGCACCUUGGAAAACGUUUUAAUGGUGACUAGACCUGGGCUGAUAGUCAAUAAGUCAUUUAAUCGAAGGAUAACUGAAAAGGGAAGUUGAAAUACUUUGCCGGCAUCACUAAAUUGCUUUGUCCGUGUUUUUUCGUUUUCUUCAUCUCUUGCUUCAAACAGGGAGAAAGAGGUCUCACUCUGUGCAUUUAUUUAACUUUAGAAUUGACUGAAUGCAGUGAGAUGUCUUUAUAGUAAUUCACAACCUGUGUCUCGGUGGGCGGAGAGCAGGACUGCUACCUUACACACACAGGAUUCACACCUCCCUACUUGUGACUCGCUGGUGACAAGUCCCGCAAGGUAACUCAAAUUAAAGGUGCUGUUUGCAACUUCCUCGCAGUAACGUUUUUUAAAGCAAAAAAUAUAACAAGAACACCACCGGCCAGCUUACGUUAACAUUAUUGGCUUAACAGAACACAUUUGUUUGACAAUUGUUUAUAUUUAUCACAAUUACUAAAUGUAUGGAAUAACAUGUUUUACAGGCCCGAAUAAAAUGAUUGGUGUUUACGGCGGUCAACACGUACGUGCAUGGAGCGCGUGCACACGUACAAAAGCAGUCCAAGGGAAGCAACGAACAAUCUGCAGUCAUGUUGUUGUUAUGAUAAAAAAUACAUUCAAUGACAGCUUACGCUAGCUAUCCAAAUUGCUAUUAUUAACUAAAAACACAGACAGCUAAUGCACGUGCAUGUGUUACGUACGUACGUAAUUACUUCAUUACGUCAUUACGUACGAGAAGCCGUGAGAGGGCGACAUAUAUUGUGUAAAAGACAUUGGAAAGUUGGCGCCCUCUAGGCAUCUGUGUAAAUGUUGCAAACAGCCCCUUUAACAUGGAAACAAUGUGAUUACAAAGCCACAUGUCCUUUUGGGAGAAUAUUUCAGCCUCAGACCGGAUGGGCAAUAUGAGCCCAUCAAUAUGGACGAUGACAACAACAACAAAAAAGACAACCAGACCUAAGUUUACCAAUCAGGAAAACAAAUGCACUUUAAGAUGUUCAUUAUUUUUUUAAGUAACAUUACAGAAAUGAGAGUCCAUUUUAGUUAGUUAAUUUAUUUAAGAUAACAAAGUUUUUGGCCUUCCAAUUACAGUUAAGUGGUAAACAAUUCCACAGUAAUGAGGAAUAAAAGUGUAUAUUAUUUAGAAUGGGUACUUGCAUUAUUAUGAAUACAUUACAUUCUGAUCACUGUAUAGUUUUUAUCGGUUAUUUCUUCAGUUUAAGAGCAUGAUGUAGACAAAAACUCAGAGUCUGUUUGCAGCAAGCCAAAUAUUUUUGAAAAUAGAUUAUUGCAUAUUGUUCUAAUGUGGGGCACCUUGAAAGAAUAUGUUGAUCGACAGUCCAAAAGUAACAUGUCUUCGUUCACUCGUUAUUUUCGCAGUUUUAUGCAUUUACAUCUAUAAAAUAGAAAAAUCGCAAAUCGAAUCUCAAUUGCAAUUUUGGUGGGAAAAAUCGCAAUUAGGUUUUAUCUCAAAAUCGUGCAGCCCUAAUAGAUGAUAAUGUAUCUGUUGUAUGCAUUCCAGAUUGAUGUGACCUGUUCUUAUCCAUGUUUCAUCUGUUAUAGUAGCCUACACUCCUAGAAUCGCUUUGUAUAAAGUU